CAGAAUAAAACCCCCAAACUCAUAUAUGUCUACUCCACAGUUCUCACCCUUAACAGAGACAGACAUAGUAACAGUCGCUCAACAGUUCUCUGCCUCAGUGCCUCCCCCUUCCGCCCAACACAAUUAUCUCCGUCUAUGUCUGUUCUUCCUCUGUCCCACUGAAAAAAUCUUAGUAAAUGGAAUCCCUUCUUCUUUAAUGGCGAAAAAUGAAGCUUAGAGUCUGAUGUUUAUCUUCCUCUGCUUUCUUCUUCGAAUAUGGGUGGGUGGGUUUGAAUGAGGGACACAAACUCUUUCUGAACCCAGAUAUUCCAGUUCUGUUUGUUAUUAAUGGGAGCCUCGGAGGGAGCUCAGGAGGUCCUCUCAUGGCUCAAAUCCCUACCUUUGGCCCCAGAGUACCGCCCGACUCUAGCAGAGUUCCAAGAUCCGAUUUCCUACAUUUUCAAGAUCGAGAAGGAAGCUUCCAAGUAUGGAAUAUGCAAAAUCGUUCCACCAGUACCUUCCUCACCGAAGAAGACCGCAAUUGCGAAUCUGAACCGCUCCCUCGUGGCCCGUAACCCUGGCUCCGACCCCAAAUCCCCGCCCACAUUCACCACCCGGCAGCAGCAGAUCGGGUUCUGCCCGAGGAAGCAGCGGGCGGUGCAGAGGCCCGUCUGGGAGAGCGGCGAGUACUACACGUUUCAGAAGUUCGAGGCCAAAGCCAAGGCCUUCGAGAAGAGCCACCUGAAGAAAUGUUGCAAGAGAGGGACUACCCCUUCGGCUCUGGAAAUCGAAACCCUUUAUUGGAAAGCCACCGUAGACAAGCCCUUCUCGGUCGAGUACGCGAACGAUAUGCCCGGGUCGGCGUUCGUGCCCUUUAGUCCCAAGAAGAGUAGGGAGGCAGGGUGGGACGGUGUGACCCUCGGCGAGACUGCGUGGAAUAUGAGGGGGGUGUCCAGGUCAAAUGGGUCAUUGUUGAGGUUCAUGAAGGAGGAGAUUCCGGGGGUUACAUCCCCUAUGGUGUACGUGGCUAUGAUGUUUAGCUGGUUUGCUUGGCACGUGGAGGAUCACGACCUUCACAGCUUGAAUUACUUGCACAUGGGGGCCGGAAAGACGUGGUAUGGCGUGCCGAGGGAAGCCGCCGUUGCAUUCGAGGAAGUGGUCAGGGUUCAUGGCUAUGGAGGAGAAAUCAAUCCUCUUGUUACGUUUGCUACUCUUGGGGAAAAGACCACAGUGAUGUCACCUGAAAUAUUUAUUAGUGCAGGGGUUCCUUGUUGCAGGUUAGUGCAAAAUGCUGGAGAAUUUGUUGUCACUUUCCCAAGAGCCUAUCAUACAGGUUUCAGUCAUGGAUUUAAUUGUGGGGAGGCAGCUAACAUUGCAACUCCUGAAUGGUUGACGGUUGCCAAAGAUGCUGCUAUUCGAAGAGCUUCUAUCAAUUAUCCUCCCAUGGUGUCUCAUUUCCAGUUACUUUAUGAUCUUGCACUGGCUUUAUGUUCAAGGAUACCUGUGGGCAUCAAUGAGCCACGCAGUUCUCGCCUCAAAGAUAAGAAAAAGAGUGAAGGAGAAACCGUGGUUAAACAGCUAUUUGUGCAGGAUGUAGUACAGAAUAAUGACCUGCUUCACAUUCUUGGAAAAGGAUCUUCAGUUGUACUUCUUCCACACAGUUCUUCUGACAUAUCUGUUUGUUCGAAAUUACGUGUUGGAUCCCACUUGAGAGUAAACCCCAGGUUGACCCCUGGUUUAUGCAGUUCUAAGGAAGUUGUGAAAAUGAAAUCCUCGAGUUUAGUUUCUGAUGAUCUCGUGCAAGACAAGAACGGGGAAAUGGGGCAAACAAAAGGUUUUUUUCCUGUGAAAGGAAGUUUUUUCUCUUUGUACGAGAGGAACAAAUUAUACUCAUUAAGUGGAUUUAAUAAUAGAUGCCCAUUGAAUUCUAAGACACUGGAUACUGACAGUGAAAGAGGAAGUACAAUUCAAGGUGAUGGUUUGUCAGAUCAGAGACUGUUUUCGUGCGUCACAUGUGGAAUUCUUAGCUUCGCUUGUGUUGCCAUCAUACGACCCACCGAACCAGCUUCUAGAUACCUUAUGUCAGCUGAUUGUAGCUUCUUUAAUGAUUGGGUUGUUGGUUCUGGAAUAACUAGUAAUGGGUUUACUAGUGCUAAGGGGGAUGCGAUUACUUAUUAUCAGAAUGCUGGUACAGGGUGGAUGGAGAAAAGUAUACCAGAUGGUUUAUAUGAUGUUCCUGGUCAACCUGGUAACUACCAAAUUCAGAUGGCAGAUCAAAUUUAUGAAGUGGUUUCAACUACUGAAUCACAGAAAAAUACUUCUGCUCUUGGCCUAUUAGCUUUAAAUUAUGGAAAUUCAUCUGACUCUGAGGAGGAUCAGGAUGAACCAAAUUCAGAUGGCAGAUCAAAGGAUGAACCAGAUUUCCCCUCAUGUGCUGAUGAAACCAAGUCGAUAAAUUGUUCAUCAGAAAGUACACAUCAGUGUGAUAAUUACUUGUCGAAAAACAAAAUAUAUCAAUGUGAUAAUUCUCAUUGGCCUCCUAUGCAAAACUGCCCCCAGAGUGCAACUGGGGUUCUCAGUCUCCCAUCGUCAAGAUGUGGUGGUGAGGAUGUCCCUUCUCCCCAAACUUUUGAUUGUUAUGCACAAUGUGGACGCCAAGUAGCCAAUCUCAAUGAUGGAAGUCAUCAAACUUCUGAUCGCUCUGUUGAGUUUAGAGCUAAUGAUCUUGCUUCCAAAUCCAUUGAAUUGGUGGAUACAUGUAGUGAUCCAAUGACAUUAUCGAAUAUUACUUCAGAUCAUUCCCCAUGUGCCCAUGAUGCUGUGAAAACAAAGUUGGGCAAGGCAAUUGCACCAAUAGAGAACACUAACAUGUCAGUGGCUCCAAGAUUGGAUGAAGACUCUUCUAGAAUGCAUGUCUUCUGUCUAGAGCAUGCUGUAGAAGUAGAGAAACAACUUCGUCUUAUAGGAGGAGUGGAUAUAUUGCUCCUUUGUCAUCCAGAAUAUGCCAAGAUAGAGGCUGAAGCAAAGUUGGUUGCAGAAGAACUGGGAAUUGAUUGUCAUUGGAAUGAUAUAACAUUCAGGAAUGCCACCAAAGAGGAUGAGAAUAGAAUCCAGUCAGCUCUGGAUAGUCAGGAAGCGAUCCAUGGGAAUGGGGAUUGGGCUGUGAAGCUGGGAAUCAAUCUCUUUUACAGUGCCAACCUUAGCCGCUCUACUCUUUAUAGCAAGCAGAUGCCUUACAAUUUUGUUAUAUAUAAUGCAUUUGGCCGUAGUGCUCCAGCUAGCUCGCCUAGUAAACGCAAUGUCUGCGGGAGGAGGUCUGGCAGGCAGAAAAAAGUUGUUGCAGGGAAAUGGUGUGGGAAAGUCUGGAUGUCACAUCAGGUUCAUCCCUUUUUGGUAAAAGGCGAUCCUGACUAUGGAGAAGAAGAAGAAGAAGAAGAGAGAAGCUUACAAACUUGGACAGUUCCAGAUGAGAAGCUUGAUAGAAAAUCAGAAAGCAACCUUAAACAUGGAGCCACAACAGUUACUAGAAAGUAUAGUAGGAAGAGAAAGAUGACAGUAGAAAGUGGGUCUACCAGAAAAACCAAAUGUAUAGAUAGAGAAGAUGCAGUUUCAGAUUAUUCAGCGGAAGAUAAUUAUCUUCAGCAGCAAAGGAGGACCCUUAGAGGCAAGCCAAAUAAAUCCAUAAAGAGAGAUGAUUCAGUUUCAGAUGAUUCAUUGAAGAAUAAUUUUCAUCAGCUACAAAGGAGAUCCUCUAAAAUUAAGGAAGCCUUUUCUGAUGAGAGAGAAAAUGUGGUUUCAAAUGAUUCAAUGGAGCAUAAUUCUCAUCAGCAGCGAAGGAGGAUUAUUAGCAGCAAGCGACCCAAAUGUUUUGAGAGAGAUGAUGCAAUUUCAGAUGGUUCUCUUGGGAAUAAUGCCCAUCAGCUUAGUCGGAAGGUUACUAAAAGAAAGAUUGCAAAAGAAGCAUUUUCUGAUGAUUCAAUGGAGGUUAAUUCUGACCAGCAGAUUAGGAGGCUUUCUAGGAGUCAAGCCAAAUGCAUAGAGAGAGAAGAUGGAGCUUCAGAUGAUUCAUUUGGGGAUAUUUCACAUCAUCAGUGCAGGAGGCUUCCUAAAAUCAAGAAAGCCAAAGGCAUUGAGAGAGAAGGUGAAGUUGUGGAUAUUCUACAGAGUAAUUCUCAUCACCGGCAUCAGAAGAUUAUACGAAACAAGCAAAUGAAACCAGAGACCCGUCAGCAAAUGAAGAAAGCGACCUCACUUCUUGUGAAACAAGUGGACUCUCGGGCUUCAAAACAGGUGACCUGUCAGCCAAUGAAAAAAGGGAAUCAGCUAAUGAAACAACAGACUCCUCGUCAUCGGAAUAAUCAAUCUGAUAAGAAUGCCAGCCAGUUGGGUCUGUAUGCUGAAGAGGAUCUAGAAGGUGGACCAAGCACACGCCUUAGGCAGAGAACUCCAAAGCCCCAUAAAAAGACUGACGCCAAGGCAAAAGAGAAGCAGCAACCCAGUAGGAAAAAAGUUAAGAAGAAUGCUUCAGCUGUGAAGGCUCUGGCCGGGAACAAUGAUCCAAAAACAGGGAAUGAGGAGGCAGAAUUCGUGUGCGACAUUGAAGGGUGCACCAUGAGUUUCGGCUCAAAACAAGAGCUCGCUUGGCAUAAAAGAAACAUCUGUCCAGUCAAGGGCUGUGGAAAGAAGUUCUUUUCUCAUAAAUAUCUGGUGCAGCACCGUCGAGUUCACAUGGAUGAUCGCCCUCUUAGGUGCCCUUGGAAGGGCUGCAAGAUGACAUUCAAGUGGGCAUGGGCUCGAACUGAACACAUUAGGGUUCACACAGGUGCUCGCCCUUAUGUGUGUGGCGAACCAGGCUGUGGACAGACAUUCCGAUUUGUGUCAGAUUUCAGUCGCCACAAGCGGAAGACUGGUCAUUCAGCAAAGAAGGGAAGGUGACAAUUUAAUCGAAGAGAAUGUAAUUUAUCAUUGUUAGUUAACCUGUUGUUUAAUUGGAGUUAGGCCUAGGUUUAAAGAUAGGAUUAGGAUUUCCCUGUAAUUGCCAUUCAGAACAACAACCAAAUUCUGUUUGCCCGGGGGGUCUUCAUUGGACCCAGUGGCAGUCAUUCAGUGUAACCAGAGCAAUUGCUUGGAUGUUCAACAUCAUCCAUCCUUCUCCAAUAUCGUCAGAUGCUAAUUCUGGUAGCCGUGAUUACAUAAUCUGUCCCCAAAAAGAACUCUGUUAAUAGUCUAAUUCGGUGGACUCAUUUCUUCACCUUACUAUCAAGAGAGAUUUAUAGGCUACCAGAGAGGUAAACUCUCAAGGACUCUCAUUUUUAAGUAA